UCAGCUGCAUACUGUAUCCAACUCCGGGAGUAAUGGCAUGAGUGUACUGCUUUAUACUGUUUAGACGAGCCCGACAGUGCGCGCGUUUUGGAAACUAAUUUUUUGACCAUUUCUGCGGUCACGUCAGUCCCAACUGGAGCCCGCGGGCGCCGAGAGGCGAGACGCAGAGAGGUCGGAACAAAACUGUAAACUUAGUCCAAAGCGGCUAAAGUCCCUAAAGUCCCGGGCUGAAGAGGCGUCACACGGGAGCCGCUCAUCCUUUGCGGUCGUCUCAAGGAAGGAUACGCCGCUGGACAUGUGAAUUUAAAGGAGAUAAUCGCCAGGCACAACGAUGAAACCAACGACCACCCCGUGUUGCUUCGGCUUCCUCCUGACCUGCUUCUUGUUUGGGUCGAGCUCCUCUCAACCAGUGUGCACUGGUACGGAGAACAAGCUGAGCACACUGUCGGACCUGGAGCAGCAGUACCGCACCCUGAGGAAAUACUACGAGAACUGUGAAGUGGUCAUGGGCAACCUCGAGAUCACGAGCAUCGACCGCAGCCGGGACCUCACCUUCCUCAGGUCCAUCCGAGAAGUGACCGGCUAUGUGUUGGUGGCCCUGAACCAGUUUGACUACCUGCCUUUAGAGAAUUUGAGGAUCAUCCGAGGAACCAAGCUGUACGAGGACCGCUACUCCCUGGCCAUCUUCCUCAACUACAGACGUGAUGGAAACUUUGGUCUGCGCCAGUUGGGUCUUAAAAACCUCACAGAGAUCCUUACUGGCGGUGUGUACGUCGACCAGAACAAGUUCCUGUGUCACGCCGACACAAUCCACUGGCAGGACAUUGUCAGAAACCCAGGGACCCACCCCGUGGUGGUGCCCACCAACAGCAGUGUCACAUGUCAAAAGUGCAAUCGUUCCUGUAAUGGUCGUUGCUGGGGACCCAAGGAGGACCAGUGUCAAACCUUAACAAAGACAGUGUGUGCGGAGCAGUGUGACGACCGUUGCUUCGGUCCCUAUGUUAGUGAUUGCUGCCAUCGUGAGUGUGCAGGUGGCUGCUAUGGACCAAAGGACACAGACUGCUUUGCCUGCACCAACUUCAAUGACAGCGGGGCCUGUGUGACCCAGUGCCCCCAGCCAUUCGUCUACAACCCCACCACCUUCCAGCUGGAACACAACCCCAGGGCCAGGUACACCUAUGGAGCCUUCUGCGUCAAGAAGUGUCCUCAUAACUAUGUGGUGGACCAUAGCUCCUGCGUCAGAGCGUGCCCCAGCAACAAGAUGGAGGUCGAGGAGAACCGCAUCAAGAUGUGCAUUCCUUGCACUGACAUCUGCCCAAAAGCGUGCGAUGGCAUCGGUACCGCCAGCCUCCAGGAUGUUCAGACUGUGGACUCCAACAACAUUGACAAGUUUGUCAAUUGCACCAAAAUCAAUGGCAACCUGGUUUUCCUCAUUACUGGAAUCAAAGGGGACGCCUACCACAAGAUUGAGGCUUUAGACCCAGAAAAGCUCAGCGUGUUCCGCACAGUUCGAGAGAUCACAGGCUAUGUGAACAUCCAGUCUUGGCCCGACAACAUGACAGACUUGAGUGUUUUCUCCAACCUGGCAACCAUUGGGGGAAGAGCGCUGUACAGUGGAAUCUCCCUGCUGGUGUUGAAGCAGCAGGGCAUCUCGUCACUGCAGCUGCAGUCUCUCAGAGAGAUCAGCGCCGGGAACGUCCACAUCGCAGAGAACAGCCAGCUCUGCUACUACAACACCGUCAACUGGACCAGACUGUUUCGGGCUGGAAACCAGAAGGUUCUGGUCCGCAACAACCGCAGCCCGAAGGAGUGCACCAGGCAGCACAUGGUGUGUGACCCGCUGUGUUCAGACGCAGGAUGCUGGGGUCCUAGCCCGGACCAGUGCCUCUCCUGCAGACACUUCAGCCGUGGACGAACCUGUGUGGAGAUUUGCAACCUUUACGAAGGGGAUAUUCGAGAGUACGCUAAUGGGUCCCUGUGCGUGGAUUGUGAUGCCCAGUGCGAGCGGGCUGACGAUGACUCUCUGACCUGCCACGGUCCGGGCCCAGAGCAUUGUGUGAAAUGCCUUCAUUUCAAGGAUGGUCCAAACUGUGUGGACAAGUGUCCUGACGGUCUGCAAGGGGCCAACAGCAUUUACAUCUUCAAGUACGCUGAGGCCAACAACGAAUGUCAUCCCUGCCACACCAACUGCACGCAGGGGUGCAUUGGACCAAGACUGCAAGACUGUAUUGGCUGGAUGGACAGAACCCCUCUGAUCGCAGCGGGGGUGAUCGGCGGCCUCUUCAUGGUGGUGAUCCUGGUGCUGAGCGUAGCCGUGUCUCUGCGCCGGAAGAACAUCAAGAAGAAGAGAGCGCUCCGUCGCUUCCUGGAAACAGAGCUGGUGGAACCUUUAACACCGAGUGGGGCAGCACCCAACCAGGCCCAGCUUCGAAUCCUGAAAGAGACGGAACUCAAAAGGGUCAAGAUUCUCGGCUCUGGGGCCUUCGGGACUGUUUACAAGGGUAUUUGGGUUCCUGAGGGUGAAACGGUGAAGAUCCCAGUGGCCAUAAAAAUCCUAAAUGAGGCCACCGGACCCAAGGCUAACGUGGAGUUCAUGGAUGAGGCCCUGAUCAUGGCCAGCAUGGAGCACCCCCACCUGGUCCGCCUGCUGGGCGUCUGCAUGAGUCCCACCAUCCAGCUGGUCACGCAACUGAUGCCUCACGGGUGCCUGCUCGACUACGUCCUCGAGCACAAGGACAACAUUGGAUCCCAGCUGCUGCUCAAUUGGUGUGUCCAGAUUGCCAAGGGGAUGAUGUAUCUGGAGGAGCGACGGCUGGUCCACAGGGAUCUCGCAGCCCGCAAUGUCCUGGUCAAAUCUCCCAACCACAUCAAGAUCACGGACUUCGGCCUCACUCGGCUGCUGGAUGUUAAUGAGAAGGAAUACAACGCUGAUGGAGGAAAGAUGCCCAUCAAGUGGAUGGCCUUGGAGUGUAUCCAUUACAGGAAGUUCACUCAUCAGAGUGACGUCUGGAGUUACGGGGUAACCAUGUGGGAGCUGAUGACCUUUGGAGGAAAGCCAUAUGAUGGGAUUUCCCCCCGAGACAUUCCAGACCUGCUGGAGAAGGGAGAACGUCUUCCACAGCCGCCCAUCUGCACCAUCGACGUCUACAUGGUCAUGGUCAAAUGCUGGAUGAUUGAUGCAGACAGUCGACCCAAGUUCAAGGAGCUGGCGGCAGAGUUCACUCGAAUGGCGCGUGAUCCCCAGAGAUACCUUGUCAUCCAGGGCGACGACCGCAUGAAGCUGCCCAGCCCCAACGACAGCAAGUUCUUCCAGAGCCUCCUAGACGAGGAGGAGCUGGAGGACCUGAUGGACGCUGACGAGUACCUGGUGCCCCACUCCUUCAACAUUCCUCCCCUGGCGUACACUCCGCGCCCGCGCAUGGACUCCGUCAAGAACCAGUUUAGCUACCAGGACCCCAGUUUCAGCAUGGAGGACAUGAUGGCCACCCUCCCAAGAGUGGUCUCUGUUCCGCCCGUGUCAGGGAGCUGCCUCCCUCCACAGGACUUGGCCUCGGGGGGACAAAUUGGUGGCGGAUUUGUCCGACUCAACCAGGACGACCCUCGCUGCAAUGGCACCCUGAGGAAGCAGGCGUCCCCGAGGUCGCACACCCUCGGGCCGAGCUCGGGUCUCACUGCAGGACAUGUUGGAGGCGAGGACAGCAGCGGUCAGCGUUACAGUGCCGAUCCAACUGGUCUCUCAGCAGAACGAGGGACAAAAGGAGAAAAGGACCAGGAUGGAUACAUGACUGCCAUGAGAGACAAGAGCAACUCAGACUAUCUCAAUCCUAUCGAGGAAAACCCCUUCGUCACACGCCGGAGGAACGGAGACGCCCAUGCAGUGGUCGAUGGAGCAGGCUGCCACACCCUGCACAUGGCUGGAGCUGCCGCUGGCCCCAAGAGCCAGUCCGCCCACAGCGAUGAGUACAUCAAUGAGCCGCUGUACCUGAAUACCCUCCUCAACCCCGGGGACAAGAACGGAUUGGCCGGCGCAGUCUCCGUCUCUGGGCCCGGCUUCUCCGCCGCCCAGUCAGUAUCGCAGACGGUCAACCCGUCGAUAUCGAGCCACACCGUCUCCUCCGCUGGAUAUGGGGUCCCUCCCGGCCACAUCCCCCACCCGUCAUAUCCAUCACACACCCUGCAUCCGGGGCAUUCAGGACACGCCCUGCACUCAGGCAUCACCAGCGGCACCAUCAUGCUUGAUAAGAAAGGCAAGAAGGCCACCUUUGACAAUCCCGAAUACUGGCAGCACAGUCUCCCCCCGAAAUCCACCAUGCACAACCCCGAGUACCUGCAGGACUGCAGCACGCGCUUUUUCUACCGGCAGAACGGACGCAUUCGCCCCGCUGUGGCUGAGAACCAGGAAUACUUGUCCGAGGCUGCUAUGAAAGCUGGCAACGUGCUGCCGCCCCCUCCGUACAGACAGAGGAACACUGUAGUGUAGUGACCCCGCGCUGUCGUACAAUGGAGGCAUGAACAGAGGCUUAAGAAACGAGAUAAAUGGACUGUGAACGGUCCUUUGCUUUCCUCAAAGUACUUGUCAACCUGGGCUUUCCUUGCACCCUCCCCCGAACACUUCUCUGUGUUAUAUCUGAUUGCAAGUCUUUUAUUCUCACUCUAUGGUUCGGCCUAUUCUUGACAGGACCACAAUAACAGUCAUCGACGGCCCCACUUGACACUCAGACUAUUUUUUUUAACCUCAUCCUUUUCCCCUAGAGCAAGCAGACAGCUCUCCCCGAGGUGGGUUCUGUUCUGGCAUUUUAAUAAACGUGAGGCACAGAAACAACACAAUCAAAGGUUAAAAUUAGAUUCAUGAUAGAAGGAGAAAGGAGAAACAAACAGGACAGCCCAAAGAGGAUUAUCGCCAUGAAUUUACAUGACUUAUGAUUACUUUUUGUUUACAUGCCAACAAAUUACCAUUCCCCAUUUCACCACGUUCUUUUACCUCAUUCUCCACACAGCUAGAUAUACAUAUUGCAGUAUGCACACAUUGCUAUUGCAUGUGUGCAAUCUGUCAAAUGACACAUGCACAUGGAGUCAUGUCGUGACCUACCAGCAAAUCUUCAGUCACACUUCAGAGCCCAGAUGUUGCCUCCAUGCCUGCGCUCAUGCUUCUUUGACUUUUUACAUGUUUUGCAUGUCACUGCAGCAGUAAUGGAUUUCAGACAUUCAUCACACACAGCUCAUAUCCAGCCUGCAACAUGUUAACAUGCCUGCAGCUUUGACACACCAGUAAUAACCACACGUUAAUUCAUAUUUACGUAAAUACAUACAUAGCAACACACAGCCUGUUGAAAUAUUCAGGAGAGGAGCGGCUCAGUUGACCUCGAGCAGGGAGAGGCUGUCGGUAAUGGCAGUCAGCGUUGCGGUGCAGAAACAGCUCAACGGGAAAAAGUAAAUGUCGCCACAUUCUUAUGGAAAGCUGUGAUAUUCACCCGGUGCUUGGUGGAAAGCAUUCAACAGAUUACUGGCACGGCUGGGGCGGGAUUGUAAAGGUUGAUCGCUCAGAGGAUGACCCACAGCUUCCUGAGAUCCCUCCGGUUCUCCUUCACCGACAACGAGCCAGCAAACCGGACCAGCUCACAAAUGCCUCCGUGGUAAGAUCAUUGUAAGCAGCAUCCUGACUGGUAUGACUUUAUAGUUACUGCAGCACUUGGAUUUAUGCUUCAAUGGAACUGGUAAUGGAGGACUGGUUUCUAACUGGACAAGGAGCAGGAUUGUGAAGAACGUUCCAAAAGCCCCAGAGAGAGAGAUUCAGGAGGAGCAGAGGAUGCUUGGUGUUUUGUGUGUCUUUUUUUCUCUUCUUUUUAGACAUCAGGGAUCUGUUUACUUUGUCACUUAGUCUUAUGGUGGAUGUGAAUAAUGAAGUGCAUGAGAAACAGCACAGACACCCAGCCAGAGCACUGUGGAGAUGGCAGAGAGACCAACCGAGCAGAGCUGUAAAUACACCCAUUACCAGUCAGACGCAGACCAUAAUCUGGGGAGCGAGCUGUGUCGGAAAAAUAUAUUUAAGUAGACGAAAUGAUGAGGCUAAGAGUUCUUCUUUUAUUUCCCCGCUCUGUGUUCAUACUCUUGUACGUCACAGAAACAGAAUGUUAUCUUAGACCACACUACAGGGCCUUGCUCUGUCCCUGAAGGUUCAGGUAGUUCACGAGCGUCAGAACUGUGUUGCAAAGGCUUCCUACAAAUUGUGUUCCUGGAACACUUUGAAAAUUGAAAAUCGAAAAAUUGGAUUGUGAUCGCUGAUUCAACUGAUGGCUAUAGUUUGCUGUACUCAUACGAAACUGCCAGGAGACCCAGUAAGCGCUGAUGGAAACAUCGGCGCCUGAUCGAGGUCUGAUUUAGAUCGGUUGAUAGAACUUGAUGCUCUGGCAAAGCCAAAUGACUUUGUUGUAAUCCAUGCUCUUAAUUUAUUUCACAAUGUGGCACUUAUGAUUUACAAUGUUUUCAUUGAGUUCUCACGUCACCCUCUUCGUUAGGUAUUUUACCAUGAAAGGGCAUUUCCAUACCCUCUAAUGAAAAUCAUAUUACUAAUGACUGGGCCACAUGAUGAUAGAACACUGUAACGGGGUAGAAAGUGAAGUUUUCAAUACCGUUAACGACAAGUUAGAAAUCCAUUGAACAAUAGUGGUUUACUGGACUAUUAUGGACAAUUUGCAUCAAAUAUUGAUUUCCAGGCGAGUGAAAGGGAAGUCCAGUGAUUUAGAAUACAUUUUCAACAAGUCCCUUAUUUGUGUAGCACCACAAACACUGGAUCCUACAUUUCUAUUUGUGUCAAGCUAACAACCUGGUGCCGCUGCAGUGGAAUCCACCAGGUAGAGGAGAGACUCGGACAGACGGCACCGACGACUCACUAUUCACAACACAGAUGUUACCCUGGCACAGUGCUUUCCAUCCCUCUCAGGUUUUAUGGGAAAUAAUAAUCAUCCAGCUGAGCUCCAGCUGAGGCACAAGUUGCAACAUCAUAAAGGGAUGUCUGACCAAUUCAAAUCAAAGGAUAAAGGGGGGGGGGGCUAGUUAGUGCCAUAAUACCACAGUAGAUGGGCUGAUGAAAUUUGCAAUUAUAGAAAUUAUAUUGAAUUUUACAGGUGGGUGGGGUGCAGGGUUUAAACAGGCAGUCAUCACAUCAGUUUCAAGUAUCACUCAAACAUUGACAUUGCUCUGUUACUGACCUCAUUUAGCUGUGCUGGAUCACACUUUGAAACAUUUUGACUUGAUUUAAGUUCUUACCUGAUUAAGCUUGCUCUUAUAAAUUAUUGACGCAAAUCUGCUUAUUGAGUAUGUCCUGUGUUUGGAGUUGGAAUCCAGUUAUGUACUUUUGCCAUCACCCACGAGGCAUUAGUUGUAACACAUGUGCCCUUACUGUACUGGCUGUGUGUUUAAGUGCAAUGACAGCAGUGGAGAGUCACCGAAAGGGCUGCGUAAUGGAUCUCUGUGGGAAAAUAGAGCCAAUCUUCUGGAGGGGAAAACCUGCUGGCACUGUCAAGCCGGCAGGCAUCACAAGGGGGCUUUUAGCUUUCUGAAUGCGAAUUCAUCCACUUUCACUUGUCCUGUGGGGAAAUCAUGUUCCCCAACAUCUCAGCCACUGCAGCGGCUGAGAAACCCAGAACGACAGGCAAUAGGCUGUAACACUGCGGCAAGUUUAAAACCGAGGUAUUAGCAUUCCAGAAAUGUUACCCGGCCAAUGCAUCAAUGUUACAAAAGCUAGCAGGGUAGAAUGUGCAAGUCCACUGUAACUGGCAUAGGAGACCAGAGCUGACUGCCGCUCUUUCUCUCUCUGUCGUCGGAGGUGACUGUGGAGUUGUGUGUAGCAAAAACACUGUUCUGCAGCUGAAACACUGAAAAAUCCUGUAAAGCAGCUACGUUGGGAGCAAAGACCAGAACUUACCCGGAAGUUAUGUUGGUCUAAAACAUAAGUUAUGAUUUCACGUGAAAAUAUAUAGAGUUACUGUGCAAAAGCCUCAGUACAGAAGAUAUUUAAAUAGCACAAUAACUAUAAAUACUGACUCACUCAGAAAAUCGGCCUUAUAGUAAAUGUUCUAUUUAUUUUUUGGCGUCUGCUUUUCUUCUUAUUUUAAGCAAAUGCGAUCAUAUAUAUUGUAAAUGCUGUGUAAAGUUUUUUCUUAUUACUUUCCACCCUGCUCUAAAGGGUCUCGAUGUACAUUUUCGGAUAUGCAGUUGUAAGGUGUCAUCUUUCGUCUGUCACGUCUCGAAACAACCUUGAAGAAGUUGCUUGCUGCCCCUCAGAGGAACUCAAGUCCAGACUGAACCUUUCGUAUCGUUGCCAAAUGAGAAAAAGAUUUACAAAGACCAAAACUGAAGCUCCUCAUCAACACCUUGCGAUACUUUAUAUUAUGGGACAGAUUUCACCUUUAUUAAUGUUACAGUACAAUUCAGAAGUAUCUACACCUUGCAAUGAAUUUUACAUCGGUUAGUAUAUAGGAUAUGAUUGUCAAAGGAUAAAGUCAAUUCAUCAAGUCAAUUUUACGAGUUGACGUCGACCGCCUGACCACUGACUCGCCAUGGGAAACUGACGACUGUAAAUGACAAACCUCUCGUGUUCCCCCAAAGUAAAGGCAGACUUCUCUUUUAUUUUUUGUAUUGGUCUAUUUCUCUUCUUUUAAUUAUUUGCUUAUUAAUAUCACAAGGACGUGUUUUCACAGCAUAAACUCCAUCCAGCUGUCGGACGAAAACAUGUUGCAUAUCAGAAAACUUCUACCCUCCAAGACAUAAUUUUGUUAAAUGCGUCAUCAAACCAAUCGCACAUAAAGCAGCUGACAAACACAUAUUCUACCAUUGUAAUGGAGUCAAACUGUGUAUGGCUGUCAUGUUAAGAUUUUACUGUUACUGAUGUGUAUAUUCUACAUAACGCCGUGAAAGGGAAAUGUGACAGUGGUUGAGUAAGCACAGUUUACUAUGUAUGGAAUUGAUGGUAAAACUGUAAAAUGGAAACACUAAUUGUCUUUUAACCAAAUGACAAAGACAUUCAGAUAAUAGGCCGCUCAACAGUUUUACCAUUGUUAAAAUAAAUGAAAAUGAGUAAAUAAAAAAGUGGAUAGUAUUUUUCUAGGUAGGUUUAAAAAAAAAAAAAAAGUGGCCCGUGUGUCUGUAAAUAGAACAAUGAUGCUCCUUUGUCCAGCUGAAGCAAUUAUUUUGUUCCUUUGUUUCUUUCCCUCCUUGCCUCAUUGUAUUUUCAGUGUCUACUGUAUUUUUUUUUACUUUUGGGGAUAUCUUUCCUGUAUGUAUAUAAAUAUAUAUACAGUAUAUAUAUAUAUAUAUACAUAUAUAUUCUGUAAAAUGUAAUUUGAGGAGUGAACUUUAAAAACGCUUGCAGGGUCUCUUGUCUAACCCCCCCCCCCCCCCCCCUUUCACACCACCAUUUUACAUGUGAUUGUGUGAUUUUGUUGUCAGCACAACUUGGUGGAUAGUGUGUUUUAAAUCCCUGCUCUUGUUCACUUUUAUAGGGAGUGAAUUUCUUAUUUUUCUCUCUUUUUCUUUCCACAGGGUGUAUUAUGCCCACACUACCCUCCAUGCUUGUUUCAGUAUUAUCCACCUCUUGAGAUUUUUUUAAGAUUUUGUACACUCUUAAGAAGUUGAUCGCAAAAAUAAUAAAUAUAAAAUUUCUAAUCAGUCUAAGAAAAAAAAUGUAAUACUGUAAUCCACCAGUACCACUUUGUGAGGUUUGAGGACCUAUGGUACAUUUUGGGGGGGUUCGUUUUAAUUUCGACUUCCACUGAGCACCGUCAUUGUUUACUUUCAAAUGAUAUUCAAUUCUUCAUCCAUUUAUGGCAAUACUGAUUGAAUGGUGUAACGAUAUCAUGUUGCAGUGCUGAGAGUGAAUUAUUGACGUUUGAGAAAAGCAAUGGAGGACACUUUGUCUGGGCUGGACUGAUCCUUUGAAUCACAGAAAUUGUACAGAAAGGAACUGCUCCAGCUCCAUUUGGGUUUAAAUGUUCACUCUUUUCUAGAAGUCACAUUUCUACAGGAAGCUGAUAUUGUCAAAAUGGGAUUUUGGUCCAUUUUUCACGACUUUAAGAAAAUCAUCAGGGUGAGUUAGUUUCAUUCUGGCAUUGUAGCAAACUGAUGCACAAUUUGACAAUUGGAUUACGCUCUCUGGUGUAUUACAUAUUUCAAUUGCGAGUCACACAAGCACAACUUGUUUUGUUUCAUGCAGGAAUUGAGUCGGAUGAAUAAAGGUUUUGUGAAUAUACUGCAGUUUCAUUUUCAACCGUAAAACAUUUUAAACGGUAUUGACUUUGGAUUAAUUAAAUGUUGUCAUAACUUUUAUACACUGCUUAUCACCUACAGAAUACUAUAGCCCUGUUGUACACUCACCAUUAUAAAGUGUUGCAUUGCAGUUGAUGGUUUCAGUGGCACUUGUGUUGUUUUCAAAUAUCCAGGAUUUACAUUUACAGUGUAAAGAGGUAAUUUUUAGCAAGCUCCUCAAAAGUCAUUGAAUCUGUUUGAAAGAACAUUGACGUUUGGAGGAAGAUACUUUCUUCUGUCAAUGAAAAAAGUCAUAAUUGUUCCAUGAGAAUGAUUGAGAAGUUUUAUAGACCAUACCUUGUCGCAUAUUACCAGUUUAAAAUGUCCAUUUUCACUGGUUAAUUGAAACAGUUCCCAAACUAGAACAAGUAAAUAUAUUCCCUCUCUUUUGUUACAUGAAUCUGUCAAAACUAUAUUUUUAAUUCAAUAUGAAUAAAGAUCACUCAAUAUUUAAA